AUGACGUGCCGCGACAAUGGAGACUACUGCGGUUGGGAUAAGUCCGCGGUCAAAGGUCUUGCCGCGACAGUAUGGACUGCCGCGGUCAAAGGUCUUGCCACGGAAGCAGAAGAGAAGGCGGAGAUUCUCAGGGACCGAUUCCGCCUCUCCGCCGUCUCCAUCGUCGAAUCCGAGGUCAAGAAGCAGGGAAUGGAGAUCGCGGAGCCCGUUGUCGCUUGCGUUGCUGACCUGGCGUUUAAAUUCACUGAACAGUUGGCUAGGGAUGUGGAGUUGUUUGCACAACAUGCUGGUCGUAAAUCUGUCAACAUGGAAGAUGUCAUAAUAUCAGCUCAUCGGAAUGAACACUUGGUUGGCUUGUUAAGAUCGUUUGCUCAAGAAUUGAAAGGAAAAGAACCAGCAAUUGAAAAGAAAAGGAAGAGGUCUUCAAAGAAGAAGCAAUCCCCAGAUGAAGGAGAAUUUUCUGCUUUGUAGUUCAUGUUUACAUUACUUAUAAUGCUAUUGAAGUAAUUUGCGUGGUUGAUAUAUAUAUGUAGAGAAAUACUCCAUCCUAAGACAAAAAAAUUUGUGUGUUUCUCCAACUUUAUUUCAGACAUCUAUGAAUGUAUCUGUAUGUUAA